AUGAACCUGGAAGGGGUGGGCGAUGAAGUAAGGUGUCGCGCGUUUCCCGUGACCUUAGCGGGGCCGGCAAUCCGCUGGUUCAACGCUCUCCCACAAGGCUCCGUAACGACGUUCGCGAAGAUCACCCGCGCCUUCCUAGCCCAGUUUACUACACGCAUUGCUAAAGCGAAACACCCGAUCAACUUGUUAGGGGUUACACAAAGAAGUGGCGAACCGACCAGGAAAUACUUGGAUAGGUUCAAUGACGAGUGCUUGGAGAUUGACGGCCUAACUGAAUCAGUGGCCAGUUUAUGCUUGACGAAUGGGUUGUUGAACGAGGAUUUCAGAAAACAUCUUACUACCAAGUUUGUAUGGACAAUGCAAGAAAUACAAAAUGUGGCUCGGGAGUAUAUCAAUGACGAAGAGGUCAGCCAGGUCGUGGCAGCCAACAAGUGGCAGCCCGCCUACAACCAUGCCCGUCAGCCCGGCAACGGGGAAAGGCCCAGGGAGCACUCCAAGGACGGACCUCCAGCUAAAACCUUCAAGCCGUUCUCCCGGGUAGGGACGUUUACCAACUACACCCCCCUGGCGGCCCCAAUUGUUGAAGUUUAUCAGCAGAUUGUCGACAAAUGCAUCCUGUUGAAGCCCCGACAACUCAAGGAUAGAACCAGAGGGAACAAAAACCUCUAUUGCGAUUACCACAAGGGCUACGGCCACAAGACCCAAGAUUAUUUUGACCUGAAAGAUGCUCUGGAGCAGGCGAUCCGAGAAGGCAAGCUGGCAGAGUUCUCUCACCUCAUAAGGGAACCGAGGAGGAGGGACCGCGAUCGAUCUGGCGACGACAAGAGCCGCGCCGUUAGGUAG